AUGACUUCCCCAAACCAGGCAGAUCCUUUCUGUCUCGAGUGCCAUUGGGAGGGCUUCCAUAUUGAUGGCAAAGACCCCACGGAUUCCUCGGGCACAUCCCAGCCCCAGUGGCCCUGCUCGGACCCUGACCAUCACAACUCUCUAGGGUGUGAGGUCGACGAGGCUUGCUGUGAUGUGGACGAUUGCCAGACAGACGAUUGCGCGCUAGACUGUGGAUCAGUAUGCGAUGGCUUCGUGGACUGCGACGCUUCGAGCGUCUGUUCCGUUCCUCACUGCGAUGACGCCCACUGUGAUGAGCAGAACUGCGAAAGCACAGACCCCGUCUGCUUCGAAGACCAUUGCUGCGAUGCUACUGCUGCCCAGGAUUGUGGCUUUGACUCUUUCUUCGGCCUAAAUAACCCCCUUUCCCUGGACACUUCAACUCUACUGCCUUCGACAACAAUGAACCACCAUGCCGGCGAACCGGGCAAAUUCUCGGAGCAUACUAUGCCGGGGCCUCUUGACCCAUGCUAUCAUCAUGACUUCUUACACUCCUACCAGUCUCAUGCCAACCACUGUGAUGAGAAUGUAUCCAACCACUUCGAAUGUCAUGACUUCCAGAGGGAUCUACAAGUGCUGUUUCCGACCCAGCACUACCCAACCCAGACGGAUGUCAACCCGGCAGAAGUCUUCCAUAUGAUGGGCAUGUGUUCGGACUACUCUGUUUGCGAGAACCCACAUGUUCCCGAACAACAACUUGACCCUCAUCUCGAGAAACCUACGCAUAACCCUACAAUGAACUCCUUGAAUUGCGUUCACCCCGAACAUCACCAUGUCCACGGCUACUUCAAAAACCCUAACGACCUCAACCUUCACAUCCCUCGAGGGCCACACCGCAACCAUCACCGAUGCCGAGGACACCACCACGUACAUCCCUAUUCUCCCUACUCUCGUCAGUCACGGUCCAGCGUGAGCUCACAUCUCCUUUCGAGCCCUGGAGAGACCCCACCUCCGCUGGACGGAGGGGCAUCCUCGGUCUUGACGACCCCGGACUUCUCUGCUGAGGACAGUGACGUGCAUAUUUGCAAGUGGGUAACCAAGAUCCACGGGGUUCAGGCUGCCUGUGGUGCAACCUUUGCGGAUGCAGGCGCUUUACAAGAUCAUCUGGUCGCCAGCCAUAUGAGUACAGUGGAUGGAGCGAAGGGCAACGGAUACUACUGUUGCUGGGAAGGAUGCCAUCGUCCAGAUGAGCCGUUCUCGCAAAAGUCAAAACUCCAGGGUCACUUUCUCACUCACAGCAAUUACAAGAACUUCAGAUGCUCCGUGUGUGGCAAAUCAUUUGCUCGACAGGCGACCUUGGAUCGACACGAGCGCAGUCAUCGUGGUGACAAGCCCUAUAAAUGCAAGAUCUGCUUGAAGACAUUCACGGAUAGCAGUGAACUGAAAACACACUCGCGAACACAUUCCGGCGAGAAGCCAUUCAAGUGCACCUAUCCAGGAUGUAAUUUCCAAACCGGAGAUUCAUCAAACAUGUCCAGCCACCGACUGACCCACGGCGAGCGCAAACACAAAUGCCCUUUCCCCGGCUGCACCAAGAGCUUUACUCGCCCUGACCAAUUGAAACGCCAUCAACGGACCACACACAAGGAACCCUUGUCUACCCUCCCAUCCCCCAGCCCAAGUCACUUCACACUCACUCCCUUCGCUGUCGUCUAA